AGCACUAGCACUUCAUGGUUCGCCUUCCUCCGCCUUCGGUGCAUCCAUUAGUUUCUUCACUCUGCUCUGGCACCCGUGGCUCUGAGAGCCUAGCAGCUGAACUUCAGUUCUCUGCGUUAAAACUUCUCGUACCCAGAUUCAGUGAGCAGACGUAGUUGUUGUCUGGAGAGUUUCGCUGGCCAGUAGCAAGUUCGUUAGUUGUUAUUCCAGCUCAUUUAGAGUUCCUUAGAGGGUUGCUUGAGAGAAUGGGAGCUUUUGAUCCGAUGGGUCCAUCGAAAAUGCAAGUUCUGCUGAUGACAGUGGCGCUUGCCAUGUUCUUGAGCGGCGAAGUGGAAGCGACUGCAUACAACCUUCGACCACAUUAUUACCGGGGCAAGUGCGGCAGACAUGAUGUAGAAAAGAUAAUUUACAAUGCGGUUGCGCAGGCAUUUCGACAGGACAAUGGAGUAGCCCCCGGCAUUGUGAGGCUGGCGUACCAUGAUUAUUUCGUUCGUGGCUGUGACGCCUCAUUGCUGCUUGACACACCCAAUUCUGAGAAGACUGCACCUAUCAACAGAGGUCUUCGGGCGAUCGCUUUCAACGCGAUAGACACUGCGAAAGCCGCCGUGGAAAGUGUUUGUCCAGGGGUUGUUUCUUGUGCUGACGUUCUACAAUACGCUACUCGCGACUCUGUGCUGCUGAUUAAAGGUAAAGGCUGGACUGUGUAUGGCGGUCGAAAACACGGAACUGUGUCCAACUCUGCCGACCCCCCCAUUAACCUGCCAGUGGAAACUCAGACGUCUAGUCAGAUGAUUCCUAUUUUCGUCAGCAAAGGACUGAGUGCCGAUGAUUUGGUGGCUUUGUCAGGCGGUCACACCAUCGGAAUUGCUCACUGUACUUUCGUGAGCCCUCGCAUCUACGGGAAUAACACUGAUCCGAAGAUUCCAGCCGACUUCCUGGCAUCGUUGAAGCGUCAGUGCCCCGCGGAUUCUGUCACCACUAACCCGCCCAUUGGAGCCCCGAUCGACCUCGACCUAGUUUCGCCUACCAAGUUCGACUCGCAGUACUUCCAGAACAUUAUCCAGAGGAAGGGCUUGCUCACAUCCGACCAAAGCCUGCUGGACGACUCCAGAAGCAGGAAUGCCGUGUACAAGAACAACGGAAGAUUCUUCAACUCAGAAUUCGGAAGGGCCAUGCAAGCUAUGGCUCGAGUCGGUGUACUCACUGGCAAUCAAGGCCAAAUCCGUAAGAAUUGUCGCGCUCUUAACCCUUAGGUAGAGACUUGCAAUCGUCGUGGUUCAUGAAAUUUGAAUUCACCAAUGACUGGUGUAAUCAUGAGUUUCUUCAGGAGAUUGUAACACAUGGUUGGAUUAGUAGUAUGGAGUGCUUUGAACAAUGGUGCAAGCCACACGUAAUGUACCGCUACUGAUGUCGAAAUGAACAGUGCGAUUUAGUAUUAGGAUCACUAUCAGUAGAGUAGAAUGUUCGUAUAUCCAGCCGCCUUGUGGUAGAAGAACCGUGUUUAAAUUGAGUAAACUGGGUUAUUUUUGUGUUC